CAACAGCGGUCAAAAAUGGCCACUUCGGGACUGGGUCUCUUGGCAAGGAGUUUUAGUACAUCAGUACGAUGCAACAAGCUUGUUCAGACUCCCGUUCAGGUGUAUGGUUUGGGUGGCAGCUAUGCCUCAGCCCUGUAUUCUGCUGCAAGUAAGGAGAAGGCACUCGACUCCGUAGAAAAGGAUCUCAAAUCUGUAAAGCAACUAUGGGAGAAAGACACCAAAUUCAGGGACUUUUUUGCAGAUCCCACAGAAAAUGCCAGACGAAAAAAGACUGCCUUUCAGUCUGUUGUGAAGAAGAAUGGUUACUCAAAAGUGACACAGAAUUUGUUUGACACAAUGGCAGACAAUGGACGGCUAAACAAACUUACAGAAGUGAUUAACCUUUAUAUGGAGCUAAUGAGUGCCCAUAGGGGAGAGGUCAUCUGCAAGGUCACUGUAGCUAAGCCUUUAGAUGCUAGCACCAGUAAACAACUCCAGACCAUUCUAGAGGGAUUUCUACAGAAGGGACAGAAACUCUACCUAGAGACUGAGGUUGACCCAAGUCUUGUUGGAGGUAUGACGGUGACCAUUGGGGAUAAGUUUAUAGACAUGUCCCUCAAAUCCAAGAUCAAGCUCUACACCGACAUUCUAAAGAGUGCAGCUAUCUAAACAAGACAGCACUAACUUUUAUUAUAAUUUCAUACAUGUGUUUGUUUACCACUAGGAUGAAUAAAAAGGCUAUUUAAACUUAA